AUGAUGUUUAUUAUGAUGCCAGAAUUGCAUCAUUUCACAGUUGGAGUUCUGAAAUCAGUCUUUAGGAAUGAAAAUGCCUUGGAAGAUAAGUUUUCUGUGCAAACCAAUACUUGUUUAAUACUUUUUCUUUCCUGCCUUCAUUUAGGACCCCCACAAAGAACUAUUUCCCCCAAACAAGACCAUGAAGAAAGGAAGCAUGAUAAAGUCUUGGACAAAGGCAGUGAAAGUGGGACUUCCUGUAACGAGUUGUCCACUUCGAGUUGUGACAGCCAUUCAGAAGCUAGCACUCCUCAAGAAAAUGCUGCUAGCACCCAGCAAGCUACAGCCCACCAACCAAGUACUCUCACUUUGGAUCGUCCAUCCAAGAAGGCUCCAGUGCAGUGGAUGCCGCCUCCAGACAAACGUAGGAACAGUGAACUCUUUCAAACUCUCAUUAGCAAAUCCAGAGAAACAAAUCUUUCCAAAAAGAAGGUGUGUGAGAAGCUGAGCGUUGAGGAAGAGAUGAGAAAAUGUAUCCAAGAUUUUAAAAAAAUCCAUAUUCCAGAUUACUUUCCAGAGCGCAAACGUCCUUGGCAAUCUGAACUCCUACAGAAAUAUGGGUUAUAGUGAUCACCUCCUUCGUGACGUAUCUCUGUGGCAUUUGAUGUUUAUUGAGUUGCCACUAACUUAC